GCGAUAUCUGUUGCGCCCUUCUCGAAACCGAGUGCAGACCUCAGUUUUGAUCCCAUUUCUAGUGAUAGUGGUGGACCCUUCUCGUGGCAGGAGUCAUGAAGCACGUAGUCUUGGCACUCUCGUUACUGGUCGUGGCCGGGGGGAUUUUUGCGGGUUGUCCCGAGAAAGGAGACGCGGAGACCCUAGCGGGUAAACCUACCCCUCACGAUCGCACCUUUGUUUCCGAGUCAAAACCUGACGACCAUAACCCUAAACCCACCGAAGAGGAAGCAGCAGCCAAAUUAACUCCCGUAGAAGCUUCGAUGGCCAACGCUAAGCGAGUUGUCGAAGCAAUUCCGGAUAUCAACAUGGACGUGACGGUGGUCAAACCGAAUGGCGUGGCCACUGAAAACUUUACCAUGAGCGACCUGGAGAAGGAAGAACAGGUGGAUGUGACCCAGCUCCCCAACAAGAUCGACGACUACGAUCUUGGACCAAACGCAUCAUUUUAACACCCGAUUUAAAUAGUAAAAAUUAAAAGAAUACAAAGCGGAUUACCUUUGGGUAUGAAAAUAAAAAUAGAGAAUCGAUGUCAAGCGCAACUUUAUUUAACCACGAAGAUUAGCCACCCCCUCCCCCAAAUUGUUCUAUAGUUCAAUUAUUACAAGGGGAUGAAAUGUGUUGGAGUCGGGCGAAUAGGCGCUGAAAGAGGAAACUGAAAUAAUUGUUCCAAUACAACGACAAAACCGAUAUGGGAUCAGAAUAUAUAUUUCCAAAUUUUUGUACGAACGAAAUGUUUUACAAUAUUUUCUAGAACAUGGGUCAAAAUUUCAAGCCAGAGAGAAGAUAACGCCAGUUCACGUUGGUACUUCCCUUAUAAUUUUAAUAAACGCCACCGUACAAGACAAA